UUUGAUGCCUAUGCAGCAGUUGGUCGCUUGUCUCUGUUUUUGGAUCGUUUCAUCUAAAUGAUCAGCUGUGACUUCUUACAUCGUGAAGAGCAGAUUAUGCUCAUUCUGGAGCACGUGGACAUCUAUCUGUAGAUACGGGGCUGCUGAGUUAGCAUGCCUCUCCAAGGCUUUGGUGAGCGCAAGGAGUCAGUCGUAUUGGUGCAUCGGCUGGAGACGAGUAAGAGGUGCGGAUAGAAUAACUGUACAGCUUGAAGAUCCGUAAGAAAAGCAAUAAUGGGCUCGUUAAUGUUGAGAUAAUUCAAACAGUGAGUGAGAUUAUGUCCCUGUGGAAAUUCCGAGGACGGACUUUGCGCUCCCUCCUAGGGGACAAGGGCGCGGGGGGUUGUUCCCCAGAAGAUUAGCAUACAGUUUCUCCCUAUGGAAUGCGGAGACGUUGCGAAAACCCCCUCCCCGGUAUUGAAUCUUGGAGUUAUUGAUUUUUCUUAGGACUAUUAAACGAAAUAAGCUCAAGUGGCGUUAUUUGUGUUUCGAUGUGAGAGAGAUUGGAUAACAGCAAACAUAACCAUCAAUUCAUUUAAAAACAUUGACGACGGAUGACUGUUUCGACCUUUCUUUACCUAAUUAUAAGGUUUAGCAAAAUCUACAUUUUUGGGCCACAGCAAGCAAAAAGUGUUUACUUCAACGUAAAAUAACUGUUGGCUUUGAUCUGUGUCGGAACAGCAGCAGCAGCAGCAAUAUUUCCUGGAUACAAGACCGCUGCUAGGAUAAUCUUUGUUGAGUUGCAAAUUGGUUUGGUCGCUGUCCAUGGUGCUGAUGUUCCAGGAAUGGUGGAGACGCUAAGUAUCGCUGUUAUCGGAGCUCCCGGAGUCGGGAAAACUUCCAUAAUCCGUCAAUUUAUUUAUAAUGACUUCUCAGAGGUUUACACUCCAACCCGAACCAGGUAUGUGUACAGACCCUCUGUCAUUUUGAACGGUAACAUGUACGACCUGAAGAUUUUGGAUGUCCCGCCAAUUUCGUCAUUCCCCUCAAGCUCGAGCCAGGAGUGGCUGGACCUACGCUGCAGAGGGGUGCGUAAUGCCAACGCUUACAUCCUGGUCUAUGACAUCUGCUGUGUGGAGAGCUUUGAGUACGUCAAGAUGAUCCGCCAGCAGAUCAUGGAGCACAGGGAGGGUAGCAGCAGUGAGGUUCCCAUCCUUGUGGUGGGCAGUAAAAGAGACCUGCAGCGCCAGCGCUUCACGCCUCGCAGAGCCGUCUCUGUACUGGUCAAGAAGACCUGGAAGUGUGGGUAUGUGGAGUGCUCUGCCAAGUUCAACUGGCAUGUGGUCCUGCUCUUCAAAGAGCUGCUGGGCAUCGCUGUAGGGCGUGGCAUGAAACAGAACCACACACCUGGGAUCCGCCUACAAGGGGCGCUGCAGAGGAACCGCUGUACUGUCAUGUGACCCAGUGGACUCCCUCCGGUGUAGGGUGAAGUUGCCCCAGUUUUGCAGUUUUCCCACUAAUGGUAAAGGUUAGGAUUGAGGGAGGGGAAGCUGAUCCUAGAUCUGUAACUAGGGGAAACUUCACCCCGGAGCACUUCCUUCCCUCCUAUGUCAGAGCCAUAGGAACCUCAGUCACACCUCAGGGGGAAUGGUUAUACAUACAGAGAAGACUUCGAUCUAAAUGGCUGGAAAACACCCAGAGGCCUCCUGCUUUACUGAGCUCAUUUUCAUAUGAGGUUUAUCUGACUCGGAUCCUGUAGCUACUAGGACUGACAUUGGUCCCUGUACUAGAUGUGCAUCUUUAUCACCUAUCACAACACCCCAGUUCUGUCACAAUGUUCCCAUUGAGAGGAAGGAGGAAGAGGAGGAGGAUGAGGAUGAAGAAGAGGUUUUGUCAAUGGAUUUCGAGGAGUAGAACAUCUACUUCCACAGCUCUGGUCACAGGUCACCCAAACAAUUAUCAUCACACAACAGCUCUGGUCACAGGUCACCCAAACAAUUAUCAUCACACAACAGCUCUGGUCACAGGUCACCCAAACAAUUAUCAUCACACCACAGCUCUGGUCACAGGUCACCCAAACAAUUAUCAUCACACCACAGCUCUGGUCACAGGUCACCCAAACAAUUAUUCAUCACA